AUGGGGGAAGUUUUUCUUGACAAGACGAUUGGCCUUCUCGCGUCAGACAAGGUGAAGGCCCGUUCGGAUGCUUUAGCUGACUUGAAGCAUAUCUUGCAGCAAAAUAAGAAGAGUUCCAAGCUGCAAUCUCUCAAUGACAAGGCUUGCCACAAGAUUUUUGAAUCACUGUUCCGGUUCGUCGCAACAGAAAGGUCACUAUUCAAUCGAGCACAAAAGUCCGCCAAAACCUCUUCAACAUCGCGCCUGUCGACAUGUGCUUCCGUACUCCGAAUCGCGGUUGAUCUCUUCCUGAAGAAUCUAAGAACUAAGACAGUUCGCGCCAUCAUCGACCAUAUCACGGAAGCAAUACCGGUUCCAGGGGAAGGUCUGUGGGAACCCCUCAGCCUGGAUUAUAUCAAGUCUUUGGCAUCCCUUCUACGCUACCGCCCUCAUACAGAACAUCUUGACGAAGAGGACUGGGAGAGUCUCAUGAGCUUCUGUCUUGCCUGUAUUACCCUCUGCAAACCCGAAGAGAGCCAACUCAGCACCCGGAGGCAUCAAUCUGUCCUCGAAGAUCAAGAUGCCAACGACAGCCGUUCCACCCCUUCUAGGAUGGCUACGACACCUGCCCCAGUCAGCAAGGAAAAGCAUCUUGGCAAUAGAAAUGCUAUUGAAGAAGUUGUAAUAUGUAUUCAACUAUUGACAACACAUCCAAAUCCUCCUUUUCAAACUACCGCCCAGAACAUACUUGAGGGACUUGGGGAGUUUGUCGAGUCAUCUGUUGCGGGGAACGCACAUCAGCUCGCUUUCAAUAGCAUCAAUACAGUCGUUACCAAAGUACUGUUUGAUCAAACUGAACUUGUCCGAUCGGUUCUCUUGGACUUGAUUCCGGUCAUCCGGCGUCUAUGGGCAACUAAGCUGCCGACACUCAAGGAGGAGCUGCUUGACACCCUGAUGCUGUCGGUGAUUGCUCUUGAGGACACUGUCCGGAAAGACCCAUCUGAUUCCUUGGCACAGGACAUUGAUGGAUUGGCCAACACACUCCAUUCAGAAUACAUUAGACGAUCUGAAAAGGAGGUUCUACAAGUCGAUGAAACGACCCUCUAUCAGAGUGAAGCAUGUCAGGGCAGGCCAGUCUAUGGGCCUCGCCUAGGAACUGCUAGAUCAGAACAUAAUUGGACCAUUAUCUGGCUGAUCGCGGAGCUACGCAAGCUAGCAGAGGAUAGCAAUACUCGAAUCAAAUCUAGAGCAGCGCGCGAAGGUUCAAACAAAAGGCAGCGCUUCAGUUCUGAAAUACAAGACAUCUUUCGAGACUCCGUAUCGGCCACAGGUACAAAAAGAAUAUGCGCAUUGCAACUGAUCCCAUUCCUUGAAUCUGAGGUCGACUUUGAGACCAAACAAUCCUUCUUCGAGCAGCUUAUCUUUGGCAUCUCUGAUGGUAAUGCCGCUGUUUCAUGCUGGACCAUGAUUGCUUUGACAAGUAUCGCAAAAGGGGCGACGGCCAAAACACCGGAACUCAGAACCCACUGGCCGCGAGUGGUUGAACUCACCACACGUGCGCUCUCGUCUCCGCUGGCAUCUAGGGCUGCGUGUAACCUAUUGAGUAUGAUCUUGGAGUCAGAUCUAUUGGACUACUCAGUGGCGAUGGAAACAACACGGUCACUCUUUGCUUCUGCCAAUAGGCCAUCUGCUAUAUCGGACUCGUCAUUGAGGCUAUGGGCCUUCAUCGCACAGAUGAAGACACAGCUCGAUCCAGGGUCGGCUCAGCAAGCCUCAACGCAGAUAUGUGGCUGGCUACGAGAAGUGUGGGCUGGUUCGGUGACUGAUCGCAUUCAAACAGCUAGAGUAGCUGCAUAUGCCCGGCCCCUAGAUUUACUCCGGCUUUUAUUGUCAUGUACUAAUCGGUCCUUUUCAAUCCCCCGCUAUCAGGUCACCGGACCAAUGGGGCAUAUAGCUCGCACUUGGUUCUUUCUUCAUGAGAACCGCGAGCUAUUAGACUAUGGUUUUGAGACAAAUUCCAUGGCCGCUAACCCCUGGAGCCUGCAGGAAACAUGGUCCUUGGAGCAUUCUUCUAGGCAGGAUCCUGAUGACCUAGUGAUCUUGGAUCUGCUUCGAGUGAGAUCCGAGUCGUUUCUGCUUUCAUGGCAGGCCAUGAUUAAAGAACGGUCACACAUCACCCCAGACAACCUGCAGAUUCUGGCCUCUUUCUGUGUUGUGGCUUCCCUCUUUAUGGCCUGUCUCCCUCAGUCAUUGCAGUCUCAGUCGCGAUCACACGAUCUACACCAGAACUGUGAAAGCUUGUGGGGCGACAUAUGCGAAUUUCUUGCAGCUCAUUCGCAUGAACCCGCAUUCAUUCACUCAUGCUUGGACUUGUUAUCGCCGCUUCUUUGUCUUUUGACAGGGCCUGACGUUCCGUCCUCCAUCCGGGACAGUCUAAAAGAACUUAUCGCUCCAUUUUGUACGCUGCUCGAGCGUCUCCGCCACGACGCACAGAGCCCAUCUGCGGCUGACGACCCUAUGGAUUUGGACGAUCGAUUCAUGGCCGAAACUUCGCUGGUGACCGAUAAGACGAUCCUGACCAUGAACCGGAGUUCUCCGUCUCUUUUCCUUGACCCAGACUCAUACCAACGCUCUCUGACUAUUCAGCUAUCAAUAUUUAUACGAACCCAAGCAGGACUUGGUGUGCCCUCAUCUAUUGUCGAAUACUUGACAGGCUUAGAUGGGUCUGAUCUCCUAGCAGCCCAAGCUGCUUUGCCUGGUAUCUUCCAACUCUGUUCGAAAUCGGAGCCCUCUGAACUUCUCGCCAUUCUGGAAGACUUAGGCGAAAAGUGUCUUCAGUCCUAUGAAAUGGAACGGUGCGAGACUUCGCAUUGUGUUUGCAUCCGCAUGAUGACGAGCUUUGUUGAGUCAUGGACGAACGGGCCGGAUGAUACUUUGAGAGAGUCCGCCAUGGAUUUGUAUAAUUGGUUCAUUGAAGUCCUUUUGGCCAGAAAGCGCGCAGCUCCGAAGGUCUACAUUGCUUUAUCUGGGCUUAUCAAAUGUGUGAUUGACACGUGCCCGUCAUACGGGAGUGAGCAGCAUCUUCCGUCACCACGAACAAGUCUGUUCACAAUCCUUCGGGAAGGCGGUAUUCAAGUCAAAUUCAACGUUGCACAAUGUAUCCCUGCUCUAUUCGAGCGAUUUCUUCUCAAAGAUCACGAUGCCAUUUUUGACGACGUGUUGGAUAGUCUGCCCCGAGAUCCAGAAUGGGUCGAUGGAAUCGCCCUCCGUCUUUAUGUGCUCUCUAAAUUGGCAUCGAGAUGGCAUACUUUGCUGCGAAGAAGCAUAUACCAUCUCUUUGAGACACCAGCUCAAGUACCACUAUCACUCUGGUAUGCCGAGAGAUGCAUGGCCUCGGUCUCUCGAGCUCUUGGUCUGCAAGAUGCCAAAGAACUCUUUCGACUUUUCUCGUCUCAGAUCCUCUAUACCUGGGCUGAAACCCAGAGUAUAAUGUCGAUGCCAUUCAGUAUAUUUGGAUAUGACAGCCUUCAAGACAUGCUGCGAGACGUCAAAGAUGAAAUUGUUGGGCAGAUGGUGAUGCGUGCCAAGGAGCAGGAGACAAUUGAACUUGCGGACUAUCUCAAACUUCCCCAUUACGAUCUUGUGGCAGGCUCUUUCCACAAAGCCGAGGCAUACAGUAUCGCAAGAGAUAUCACAACCCCACCAGAAAAAGGUAAUCAGCGCAUAAGCGUCGAACUCCGUUUGCGCAAGCUGCUCGGCGAAGCCCAGUUCAUGACACAAAUCGAAAGGCAGUUCCCGCUGAUCGUCGCGGCGUUUUUCAAAUCCCUCGACUACUAUGAGCAGAUUGAACGAGCAUUCUCAAAGCGUGAGGACUUUGACUACGCAGUCGAAAUUCAGAAGAAGAUAAUCAGCAAAAGCACGUCCCAAAUUGUGCUGCCAGCAAAUCAACAACCCUCAUUCAGAGCGCGUUAUCUCCUCGACGAGCUGGAAUUCCUCUGCGUCCGGGCUGGAUUUGAAUUUGACGCAAUACAGAUAUGGACGCCAUCGCUGGUGUCUUUUGUCUGCCGUUCACUCCUUGAAUCCAUACAUCCCGCUCUUGGUUCGCUUCAUGCUUGUUCUGUGAUUCGCAAGAUAAGAAUUCUAGUAUGCGUGGUUGGCCCUUUCAUGCUUCGAGAUUAUCCUCUGGAAAUGACACUCGGCUCCUUGCGUCCUUUCCUUGGUGACAUCCAUUGUUCUGAAGAUGCCCUUGGUGUCUUUUGGUAUCUACUCGAGGCAGGCCAAUCUUAUCUCCGUGAAACGCCAGGUUUUACUGCGGGGAUUGCUGUAUCAACGCUGGUCACUCUCCGGACACUGUUUUCCUCUUUGCCUGAAAACGCAGCUCAGGAAGGUCAGCUGAGAGCAGUGCAAUCGAAUGCCCAAAGGUUCUACCAAUGGCUAGUGGAGCUUCUUGAAGACCUCCGUUCCUCUGACUGGGACACCGAGACAAAGUCCACGUUUGACCGGCUUGUCUCAUUGGCUGAGCGAUUCUCAGAAUCAGAUACCCCAUCGGGAGGGCAAGUUGGGAAGGACUUGGUGUUUGAGGUGCUCAAAGAUCGCGAUUCGUCUUCUUCGCUGUUAAGUCGUCCUGUGGCUGAUCUCGUUUUGUCGCUCCUAUGCCCAGAGUUCGAGCAGACCUCCGCCAAUGGAACUCCGUCCUCCCAUGAAGACCAGGAUUCCACUUCACAUGUCGUCUCUCUAUGGCACACGCUUCAGAAGUUUAAUGGAGGGUCACAAUAUCGGCUCUGGGCUGCCCGCGUUAUUGGAAGAUCCUUUGCUGCUACUGGAAGCAUCGAUCAAUUACUCCUUCGAGAACAAGACCUCUCGCUAUUGCAGCCCCCUGAAGCUUCUUUGUCUUUUGGUAUUUUCUGCCACUCUAAGGUCAAGAUUCUUCGGGUCCUUUGCGAUAUGCUACACGUACAAAUUCAUUUUGGAGCUGGUCUGGUUGAGCGCACUUUGCAACUGAUCGUCAGCAGAAUCGCAGCUGAUCCAGACUUCCGAGGCUGCGGUGAUGUGAUCCCGAGGUCUCUGAUGGUAGCUCUCAACUGGAAGGCAUACACAUGCCCCGCCAUCUUACCUUCGCUUUCACCGCAUGAACCGAUAAUAAUUACAGUAGCCAACCCCUCUGAGCUUUCGUUCUCCAGCACCUCUGGGCUCUCAGUAUCCGAUUGGGCUCGCAGAGUUUCCUUGUUCUUAUGCAAUGCUAUAAAAGACCCAGUCAUCGGCUCUCUCCGCGAGAUCCUCAGCGUGACUCCGGGCCUAGCAGUGCAGCUGUUGCCAUUCAUCGUACACGAUGUGUUGCUGUCAGAGACGGAUGAGAAAGGGUUUAGAGUUAAGGAACGUCUCUCCACGGCCUUCCAACAGGUACUGCGUGAGGUUGAUGAGGACACGCUAUCUCAUGCUCAGCUUGUGAUCAAUUGCAUUCUCUAUCUUCGCAAUCAACCUUUAACAGUUGAAAAUUCGAUACUCGACCGCGAUAAAUGGCUUAACCUGGACUUAGGGGAGGCGUCCUCGGCUGCGCAUCGUUGUGGCUUGCAUAAAACUUCGUUGCUUUUCCUGGAAGCUGAAACAUGCAGAAUCUUUGGGGUUGAGCGGGGACAUCGCGCGAAAUACGAGCCGCCAGCUGCUUUGCUUCAUGAUGUGUUCAAGAACAUAGAUGACCCCGACUUGUUCUACGGCAUCCAGCAGAGCUCAUCUUUGACUAGUGUCAUGGAGCGGUUAGAAUAUGAGAGCUCCGGUUUCAAAAAUCUCCUGUUUCAAAGUGCAAAAUACGACAGCGAAUUACAGGUGUCUGGCACUGCGGAGUCAUAUGGAGUUCUGAAGGCUUUGAAUGCAACCAACCUUCAGGGUAUCUCCAAUACAAUGCUAUCUGCCUCGAGCAGUGCAACUGAUGCGCCUGUUGCCUUUGACAGCAUGUUGCAAGCUGCAACUAGUCUUCAGAAAUGGGAUAUUCCAAUAUCGCCCUUGGAUUCCUCACCAUCUGCUACCAUUUUCCGAACCUUCCAAAGUCUCAAUACAUCAGGCUCUCUCCUCGAAGUCACUAGCUCGGUCGAAAGCGGUCUAUUGGCUACAUUGGAUUCUCUUCUCAAAACUGGUCGGUCUGCUAUCCAGUUGCGAAGUUCAAUGCGCGCGUUGGGCAUCAUGACCGAAAUCAGUGACACUUUGCAUUCAUCGUGCCCUGAAGAUAUGGAGAAAGAAUGGCAGAACAUCUUGGCGAGAAGCAGCUGGUUAAAAACGGAGAGCUAUCAUGAGGUCGGAGAAAUUCUGUCCUGGCAUGAGGCUUUAUCUUCAUCCAUCCGAAAAAGCGAUAUCCUCAAGUCCAAGGCUACAUUGAGUCUUGAGAAUUCACGACUGCUAGAAGCACGAGUCAUUCGACAGUCAUUGGAGAUCACACGAACCCAUGGUAUCUCGCAGGCGUCACUCAAGUCCGCGAUGAGCCUUUUGAAGCUUGCCGGACCCUGCGCAGAUUUGGGAUUGAAUAUCGACGCGGCUGCAAAAUUCGACCUUGCCAAUGUACUAUGGGAUCAAGGAGAGAUGGCCGCAUCCAUCUGCAUGCUCCAGCAGCUGAAGGGCCAGAAUGAUCUUCUUACGCAGGCAAUCCCCCUUAGUAGGGCUGAAUUGCUAGUGACCUUGGGACACCACGUCGCUGAGGCGCGCUUGGAAAAUCCCGAAUCCAUCGUCCAGCAGUAUUUGUAUCCCGCAGUCAAAGAGCUGGAAGGAAGCUCCGAUGGAGAAGAGGCCGGACGAGUCUAUCACGGGUUUGCAACCUUCUGCGAUCAGCAGCUAUUGAACCCAGAUGGACUUGAAGAUUUCAAGAGGAUCGAACAAUUGCGUGAUCGGAAGGAAAGAGAAGUCCUUGGCCUGGAGGAGAUGAUGAAGAAUUCCACGGGCAAGGAGAAAGACUAUCUGCAGAACUAUCGGGCCAAGGCAAAGCAAUGGUUCGACCUGGACGAUCGAGAAUAUCAGCGUUUGCUGCGAGGCCGGGAAGCUUUCCUAAAGCAGUGCCUCACAAACUACCUCCUCUGCCUGAGGGAAAGUGACACUUACAACAAUGAUGCACUACGUUUUUGUGCACUCUGGCUUGACAAAUCGGAUAGUGCGAUUGCAAAUUCAGCCGUCUCUCGGUAUCUCAAAGAGGUCCCCAGCCGAAAGUUCGCAUCUUUGAUGAAUCAAUUGUCCUCUCGUCUGCUCGAUGUUACUGACGACUUCCAAUCCUUACUCACUCGUUUGAUAUUCAGAAUCUGUGUUGAGCAUCCUUUCCACGGCAUGUAUCAAAUAUUCGCCAGCAGCAAGUCCAAGGGAGGCAAAGAUCCAUCAUCUUACUCCCGUUUCAACGCUGCAAACAACCUUGUGGAUGAUCUCAAGCGCGAUAGUAAGAUCGGCCCAACGUGGAUUGCCGUGCACAAUGUGAACAUCAGCUAUGUGCGAUUCGCAGUCGACAAACCGGACAGCAAGUACAAGAGCGGAGCCAAAGUCCCCUUGAAGAACUUGCCAACUGGCCAGCGCCUGGGGCAAGAUGCCGUCACUUAUAAACUGCCACCACCGACGAUGAAAAUAGCCCUCCGUGCAGACUGCGACUACAGUCAAGUUCCCGCAGUUUCCACGUUCCAACCUGAAUUCACAAUUGCUUCCGGUGUCAGCGCGCCUAAAAUUGUGACUGCCGUUGCGUCCAACGGUGAGCGCUACAAGCAGCUGUUCAAAGGAGGAAAUGACGACCUGCGGCAAGACGCCAUAAUGGAGCAAGUAUUCGAGCAAGUCAGCAGCCUUCUGAAAGACCACCAACCAACACGCCAACGGAGCUUAGGCAUUCGAACGUACAAGGUUCUACCAUUGACCCCAAGCGCAGGAAUUAUUGAGUUCGUCCCGAACACCAUUCCUCUACAUGACUACCUGAUGCCCGCGCAUCAAAGGUACUACCGACGGGACUUGAAACCAAACUCCUGCCGGAAACACAUCGCCGACGCGCAGACCAAAUCUGUUGAGCAGCGCGUCCGCGUCUACCGUCACGUAACCGAGCGUUUCCAGCCCGUCAUGAAAUUCUUCUUCAUGGAAAAAUUCAAGAAUCCAGAUGACUGGUUCAACAAGCGACUAGCUUACACACGAAGCACAGCUGCGAUCUCGAUCCUCGGCCAUGUGCUCGGUCUCGGUGAUCGCCAUGGACAUAACAUCCUGCUCGACGAGAAGACCGGAGAAGUGGUACAUAUUGAUCUCGGUGUAGCCUUCGAACAAGGGCGCGUUCUGCCCGUUCCGGAGGUCGUCCCCUUCCGUCUGACGCGCGAUCUUGUCGACGGAUUUGGUAUCACAAAGACGGAGGGUGUCUUCCGACGCUGCUGUGAAUUCACUCUUGAGGCUCUGCGCCAAGAAUCGUAUAGUAUCAUGACGAUCCUUGAUGUGCUGCGCUAUGAUCCUCUGUACAGCUGGACUGUUUCUCCGAUCAGGAUCAAGAAGAUGCAGAUGCAGGAUAACCAGGCCGGGGAUGGGCCACCUGCUCUGCCUGGCGCGGACAACAUGUCCAAGAAUGAAAAUGAGCCCAGUGAGGCUGAUCGCGCGCUAACUGUGGUGGCUAAGAAAUUGAGCAAGACGCUCAGUGUCACUGCUACUGUGAAUGAAUUGGUUCAACAGGCGACCGAUGAGAGAAACCUCGCUCUGUUGUAUUGCGGCUGGGCGGCUUAUGCAUAA